AUGAUCAGCCAAGUGAAGGGCUCGGCAGUCUUGGCAGGCUUAUCGUUGUCUGCUGGUGCUGCACUCUUGGUUUGGAAAAUUUUCAAAGAAGAACGACGAUACGAACGAUCCAAAUUCAUUCAGGAAGAAAUCCGUGAGGAAGAAGCAGCAGAAGGCAGCGAUACUCUUCCUUCUAUUAUCUCGCACUUUCAAGGAACCAAGAUCUCUAUCAAGUCUGAUAUCACGGAAGCAAACGGAAGACGAACUCUAGCAUACUAUCAAAAGGCAAGGGAUGCUCAUCUCUAUUCUCUAGUCUUGGGUGUAAGAUCAUAUCCAAGAUUGCGCAAUCGUCGAGAGAAAACCAUGAAGAGAAUCAUGCAUUACUACACAGAAGGCACAAAGUCACAUAGAACCAUUAUUAUCAUGUGUGACAAUGAAACUUCUUCCAUGCUCAACAUGGCUCGCACCAACAUUCUGGAUCCACUCAACCUUUCCCACGACAUCACUACCGAAAAGGCUUGGAUACCAGCCAAGAAUAUAAUACCCAAUGAAGAUUUGCAUGUCACAGUAGCGACACCUUGGUGGUGGCACACCAUGCGAGAGGGCAACCAAGAACUUUCCGAAGAACUCGUGACGAGAUUCCGUCAGACUUUAGUGUCGGAAUGUCAUCAUGCCUUUCAAAUCGAAUUGGAACGAUUCGUCUUGCUGGGUGGGCAGUCCCUGGUGGCUCUUUGGCGUUGUAUUGGGCAACGGAAGACAGAAGAUGGCUUCAUUAUAUACGACCGACAUGGUUCCGAAAUUGAUCCCUUUGUCAAGCUGCGAAAGGACAUUGUCCGAUGCUUUACGACCGACCAAUUUGGGGCACCUCUGACGUACAACGAGCGCAUCGGACUGCGGGAGUCCAUGACAAACGAGGCGACGCCUGUCACUCCCUCGCGAGGCAACUUGGUGCGUGCCAAUUCCAUUGAACUCAAAACUCCAGGUCUUGGGAGUGGUGAUGGCUUUAUUCAUACAACGCUUGCCCGUCUUCCGUUAGACUGUUUGAGCAUGCAAGAUGUCGAUUUGGAUCCAAUUCAUCGCCUCUGUCGUGAAGCAACGGCAACCUAUUGUGGACAUCGCAUGGUGGUCAAGGAAUUUCGCUUUCUCGAAACCACGGGUGCGGGGGGUGAGUCGAAUCCCUGCAUUGCUCCCAUUACUGACGCAACGAUUGAAGCUCCCGUGCGGGUGCAAAUGACAGAAACUGGCAUUGUGGAAAACCAUGACCUCCAUACCGCCAAAAAGGUAGAUACCAAUGCCACGAUUGGAGCUGUGGGUGGCUUUCAUGGAAAGACGUUGUCGAUGGAUGGGCUAUUCGACGGCGUGGACGUCAAGGCGGUCAGAGUUUAG